GUGCGGUCUAGCGAAGACUGCGGCAUUUUCAUGUCCCUACGUUUUUUUGCGUUUGCAGUAAAGGUGAAUAUCUGCAUCACGCCCUGUCUGACCAAAAUGGUCCGACGUUUGUUUAACACAGUGUUGCGCCACUGCGAGGAGCCGCCGACACGCGCGGUCUUCCUUUCGAGACUGAAGCGUUUUCUGGAACUACGAACUGACAAGGAACGCCACAACUUGUUAAACGCCACUACAAUUGAGUGGCGACAACAGCAGCAUCAGCAGCACCCAACA